AUGAGAUCCCCUGCUGAGUGCAAGUCACGCUGGGACGAGACUCUGAACCACAAUUCCAGCCUCGCCAACUUACAGAGGGCUGUCAAAUUUAACGGUCCUAACAGCCCUUGUGUUGCGGGAUGUAGAUCAGUCUGCUGGAAGGUCUUCCUUUUAUUCCGCAACGUCAACGCAAACAACUGGUCAAACGACCUCCAUGAGUCCAGGAACACGUACAGUGCUCUCAAAGAUCAUUACCUCAAGUAUAUCAAGCAUCCGGAGAAGCUCGCGGAGCUUUCCGUAGAUCCUCUCACCGAUGAUCCAGAGUCUCCAUGGGAUGCACUCCGCCGGGAUGAGGUCGUCCGUGCCGAGAUCUUGCAGGAUGUUCGGCGUUUACCGGAUGAGCCUCUUUACCACCAAGAGCAAGCUCAGAAUCUCAUACUCGACAUCCUCUUCAUUUACUGCAAGCUCAACCCCGACAUCGGUGGGUACCGCCAGGGGAUGCAUGAACUUCUUGCCCCUAUCUUCACCGUGAUCUAUCAAGAUGCGCUGGAAUACAGUGGCUCCGAAACGGAAACCUCUCUGGACACAGCCAUGGUGGAGAUGCUAGAUGUCAACUUCAUCGAGCACGAUGCAUUUACUCUAUUUUCCAAGCUGAUGGAAAAGGCCAAGAGCUUCUAUGAGAUGAGCACCCUACCAGACAUGGGCCAGUCUAGUGUCGGCUCAACUGAGCAAAGCACAAUCGUCGAGAUGAGCAGGAGAAUACACGAAGAAGUCCUCAUGAGAGUAGAUCCAGAGUUGGCACAACAUCUCAAGGCCAUCGAGAUCCUCCCUCAAAUAUUCUUGAUUCGCUGGGUCCGGCUCCUAUUCGGGCGAGAAUUCCCUUUCGAGCAACUCUUGGUCCUUUGGGAUACAAUGUUCGCAUUCGACCCUGACCUGAACCUCGUAUCCCUCGUUUGUGUAGCAAUGCUGAUAAGGAUACGCUGGACAUUGCUGGAAGCAGACUAUUCAGUCGCUCUGCAAUUGCUUCUCAAAUACCCAGCACCCCAAGCACCUCACGGCCCUCACACCUUCGUAGACGAUGCCGUCUACUUGAAGGACCACCUGAACACCACCGGCGGAACCAACUUAAUCCUGAAAUACACGGGCAGAGCCCCUAUCAACAACCCUGCUCAUCCAAGGCCAACGACGCCCACAUUUGCAGGGCUGAAUUUGCGCUCUCGAACGCUCGGUGCUAGGUCGCCGCUGGCCUCUUCUGCACGCUUUAUACAGAACCCGGGUGCCGUGGAGGCCCUGUUCCAAGGUGCUGCUAGAAACGUCAUCGAGCGCGGCGAGAAACUGGGUAUCAACCAGGCCGUUAGGGAUGCGAUGGGGGAGAUCCGGAAGAACAUGCAGGGGCUGCAUGCAGACGCUCGACAUUCUGCAAGGGCGAGUCGGGAUUCCACCGCGGGGGACACCCACUCUCCAUUCUAUUCAGCUGUGGAAAUGGAACGAAGAAAUAGGCAGCUCGCAGCCAUGCUGGAUGAGGCCAUCGCCAGCUUGAAGUCCAUCACGGCCAACAUGCCCGGGGGCGUCAAGGACGCCCAGGCGGAAGCCGUCGACAUGGCCGCAGCGAAGGUCCAGUUCGUCAAGAUUCACCUCGAAGACCCGACUUUGUCCCUCGCCCCGGAGGACGAGACGAUGGAACCCCCGCCCCCGCCCGCGCCCGUCAAUGCGCUUUCGUUCACGUCAAACAAGGAGAAUGUCGCGCCGAUCGUCGCAGUUGACAGGACCAUGGUCACGGCAUCCACGGCACCUCUUGAGACGCCGUCAGACGAGGUCGAGAGACUCGACGACCCUCUCAGCCGGCCGUCCGCAUCACACCCCCCGGUCCAGACACAGAGUGGCCACGCCGCCACCCAACCCGUCGUGGCAGAUAGCAUCGAAGCCGACGACGACCCGAUGGAGACGGAUGAACCACCCUCCCAACAGACCAACCCGGCUCCCGCGCGCCGGCCCCCGUUGCCGACCGCCGCACCCGCGCGUCCCACAGGCCCCAUCCCGACGCGCUCCACGCUGGCGCAGUCCUCCUUCGCCUGGAUGCUCGAGCCAGACCAGACCAGCUCCUCGCACGACCCCUUCGAACCGCCCAGCAGGCGGCGCGCGUCCAGCCGGCCCUCCUCGUCCUCUAAAUCCUCCGGCGGCGGCGGCGGCGGCGGCGCGGCAGCCCAGCACCGGAAACGGACCUCCGGGUCCGGCGCCGCGAGCCGGGAGCGUAACGCCUUCCUGUUUGGCGAGGUGGUGCCGUCUGCGGAGGGCGCGGGUGGCGGCGGCGGCGGCGGCGGAGGUCUCGGGCCGCUGACCUCGGACGAGAUCUUUGGCCUGGAGCCGUUGAGGAGGGCGCUGCCGAAGCCCAAGGGGCUCUGA